AUGGGCGCCAGAACAGAACCUGAGAUAGUGUACAUGUUAGUAUGCAUACGUGUAUACAUACGAGUACGUGAGAUCACGUUAGAUGAUGGCCUUAAGUACAAGUCCAUGAUCUGUCUGCCUCUCUGUCUCUCUGUUUUCUCCAUAUUUUUUUAUUCUCUCUGCUUCUCCUUAUAUCUCCCUCGCUCUCCUUCCCCUCCAAAACCUCUCUCUCCUCCUCUUCUCUACCACCUCCGAUUCAUGUCAAGUGUAUAAGAAGAAUGACGAUGAGCAGCAAUAUUGGGCCUUUUGGAGACACCACACAGACCAAAGUGUUCGUUGGAGGUUUGGCAUGGGAGACGCCUAAGGAGGCCAUGAAAGAACAUUUUGACAAGUAUGGUGAAAUCUUGGAGGCUGUUAUUAUCUCUGAUAAGGUCACCGGCAGAUCCAAGGGCUAUGGAUUUGUGACGUUUAAGGAUGCUGAAGCAGCAAAGAAGGCUUGCGAGGACGCUGCUCCCAUCAUCAAUGGCCGCCGAGCCAACUGUAAUCUGGCUUCGCUCGGCGCACGCCGCCAGAGGUCCCCUGCUCCGGCUACUCUUCAGCAAGGAUCCAAAGUUGGACCGAGGUCCACAUCAUCAGCACCAGCAAAUCAAAUGCAGUGGUAUUAUCCUGCCGGUUCACCUGCAUCCCCAUUUCAUCAUCAGCACCAUCAGGCCUUUCCCUUUUAUGGGUACGCCCCAACUUAUGUUGCUACUGAUAUCAGUUACAAUCAUAAGCUAAGCUACACAAGCGGGUCCUACAUGAACGGUCAUUUCUCUCAGGUGUACCCGGGGCAGCCUAUUAUGGGUGCCAAUGCAGUGAUGCCAAUGUACCCGCUUUACCACUUCCAUCAGUCGCAAACAAUGGGGCUUCCUGCCCAUACCUUCCCAGUUCCCCCCAACAACAGUGUCGCCACAGUCCCCAACAUCAUGUCCAAACCUCCUCCAUCAAUAGCUCCUAGGCCAGGUAAUAUAUUUAUAAUCUAUUCAAUAUUGUACUGUAUAAAUGAUGAUGAUUGUACAAUAGCUUUUGUGUGGCGGCAACACAUGGGAACAUAUGCCCAACCCCAACAUAAACCUGGACAAUGUGAACAAGAAUCAUUGUGUCAAGCCCCUUUGUGAUUGAGCUGGGUCUGUUGCCAACUGGCACCUUAGAAACCAACGUGAAUAAAAAGACCAAAAUGCCCUUAUUCACUCUGAACCAUGAUAUACUCUCUCCAUUAAAUAUAUGAAUUUGAUAUUUGUAUCUUUAAGUUUAAGCGUACAGUGAAUGGUUUGAUCAAUGUUGGCUUUAUGUAUGGUUUGUUUCAUUCAUUGUCUCUGCCAGCUUGUGUGUUUCUAUUCAGUGCCAGCUUGUGUUUUUCAGUGGACUCUAACAAUAACUUAGUUUAAUGAUCAUUACUAAAUAUUAUUGAUUAAGUGAGUUCUCAUAGUGAACUGAUAUUACAGAGACAGUUUGCAUGGCUGUUGAAUAGGUACAGUUGGCCAAGGGGAAAGCUUUAAAAAGGUUGGGUAAGGGCAAUGGCAAUGGCAAUAGCAAUAACAAAAGAAGAGUAUGGCAGGCAAGGCAGCUGCUGCAGAACAACAUUAUUAUCUCUUCUGUUGUGGCUUUUCUUUCCUGUUUAUUAUUUUUUUUAUAUAAAUUAUUUAUUAUUAUGA